CCACCACCGACCGCACGUCGUCAAGUCAACCCGGGCUCGUUAACUUACCUAGGUAUCGUUGUUGCAAGGCUUGAGUGCAAACCAUUUGACGUGCCACAGUCUGCCUCCCCUGGUCUCUCCGACCAAACCCGCGAAAUGGGUCGCGAAGAGCAGAUAGAGGAACGCGAGGUGCUCGACUCAAUUUUCCCGGAUGAGAUCACAGACAUUUCCGAGACACAGUACCGUAUAACAAUAACGCUCGACAUACCUGAUGACGAAGAAAACGAGCAGCCCGUGAUAGCACUCACGGUGCGAUAUCCGGAGGACUACCCAGACACAGCCCCGUACCUCGAUCUCUCCAAUGAAGACGGCGAGAACAAGCACCCGCUGUUCAACAUCGCAGAAUCAAAGGAAGAGCUUCUGAAGAGCUUGGAGCCAGUGAUAGAAGAGAAUCUCGGUAUGGCGAUGGUGUUCACACUUGUCACGUCACUGAAGGAGGAGGCGGAGCAGAUAGCCAUAAGGGCAAGAGAAGCUGCAGUCAAGGCCCACGAGGAGGCGGUCUUGGAGGCCGAAAGGAAGGAGAAUGAGAAGUUUCAGGGCACGGCAGUGACGAGGGAGUCAUUCCUCAGCUGGAGGGAGGGCUUCCUGAAGGAGAUGGAGGAGAAGAGGCAGAAAGAGGAAGAGGAGAGACUGGCCGAGAUGAAGAAGGCCAAGAUAAAAGAGCCCACCAAGAUGACAGGAAGGCAACUCUGGGAGAGUGGCCUUGCAAAGGGCGAGGAGAUAGAGGAUGGAGAUGAUGAUGCGCCAGCAGAGGAUAUGGCCAAGCUGAAAGUAUCAGCCUCAUGACGGAAAUGACACUUCAGAUGUUGAAGAUGGCCCUCCAAUGUCGCACACACAUAACGAACCCCCAAGGCUGGCGUCGCUUUACGAAUCUUCAGCAAGAACGCAAGAGCAAGGGGUAAUGCUGGAAGGUGGCCAGGACGGAGAGAAAGAGAGAGCAGGGUAGCUGGGCAUUGGGUGCCGAGGCCCUCAGUGUCCCCAUGUCCCUUGGUGUCCUCUUGGUGUCCCCAAGUGCCGUGUCCGGCGGCUGGGGACCGCAUUCACUAGAGGCCAACUCGAGCUUCAUCCAAGCUUAUAGUCCAGCACAACUCCCCAUUGCCACGAGCGAGGUAGCAUAGUCGGGGCAGUUGGCCGAGUGGUAACACCGCUGACAAAAAAAUUAAAGAAACUAUGCAUUCAUCCAUCGACCUCCAUACACAGUGCCAACCGCACCAUGCCCUAGGUUGGAUUACACUGAAAACAAAUAGUCAACUCGAAAGAGGACCGCGCUGUAGCAGCUGGCAGGGCGUACCAACUUUUUUUUGGUCCUGCUUCUCUUGUUGGGCUCUCGCAUUGCGCCAUCCUCACAAUGUGGCGAUGCACUCCUCCCUUUCGCCUCGGGGGUCGACGUUCAAUCCUUGCCUGAACCUAGACUUUUUUAUUUUUUGUUUUGUUGUUGACAAGUCAGUGAAAUCACUAAUACCUCAACUGCAGUGUAAUACAACCAAGUGUUUGUCUCCGUUUCCAACCUCACAGUCUCUCGUAAGACAAACUUAUAAGCUCCCACAAGAC